ACCGAAAGGAGCCGGGCCCGGGCCGACUGACGAUUGACAGGGGCCUGUUUCGUUGUCUCGGCUUGGGUGUCGGUGCCUGGUUAAAAAGAGGGAGGACGAUGAGCGGUGCCGGGGCUUCGGGUUUGAGUGCCGGGCCUGAUCAGUUGCUCCGUUGUCAGGAGAGUUACGCGUGUAGCGCCUCGGAGGCGGCCUUCGAGUGUGAUGAAUGCGGCAGCCUACAGUGUGCGGUGUGUGAGCGACAGCUGCACAACCAGCCCCGACUCAGGGAUCAUGAAAGGAGCCGCCUGAAACCCGGACACCUCCCGUUCUGUGACCAGUGCAACGGCAACAAACCGAGCGGUGGCCGGCGUCGGGCCUGCUGUCGCUGCCUGGCCUGCAAGGUCAACGUGUGCGCCGAGUGCCACCGCCGAGGCCACUCGAACCGCCGCAAGCAUCCAGUCAAUAACUACCCGCAGCCAGAGGUCGAGGCUGGACUCGGGGAGGACCAGAAAGAGCACCGAGAACUCGAUAAACUGAGGAGCCAAACUGCCAGCAGCUUUCUCCUGGUGGAUGAGCAGGAAAUGAUCCAGGUGGCAGAUGAAGAGGAAUUCAUUCAGAAACUUGGCUGCAAAACAGAUGAAAGCCUCAAAGUAGUUUCAAUCUUUGGCAACACUGGUGAUGGCAAAUCUUAUACCCUUAAUCAUACCUUUUUCUAUGGGCAUGAAGUUUUCAAGACCUCCCCUGCUCAGGAAUCCUGCACAGUCGGUGUGUGGGCAGCGUAUGAUCAUGUUCGUCAUAUUGUUGUCAUUGACACCGAAGGCCUGCUGGGAGCAACUGCCAACCUUGGUCAAAGAACAAGAUUGCUACUCAAAGUACUUGCUAUAUCUGAUAUAAUUAUUUACAGAACUCGUACAGACAGAUUACACAAUGACCUCUUUAAGUUUCUCAGUGACGCAUCUGAAGCUUACCUUAAACAUUUUACAAAGGAGUUGAAAGCCACCACUGCAAGAUGUGGAUUGGAUGUUCCAUUAUCUACGCUGGGGCCAUCAGUCAUAAUCUUCCAUGAGACGAUGCAUACUAAAUUAUUGGGAUCUGGUAGACCUUCAGAGAUGCCAGAAAAGCUUCUGCAGGAACGAUUUCGCAAGCUUAGUCGGUUUCCAGAGGCUUUCUGUUCCAUUCAGUACACAGGGACCAGAACACACAAUCCUCCAACUGACUUUUCCGGAGUAUUGCAGACCGUGGAACAGCAGUUGAAUAACAAUGCAACUCGAUCUCCCAGACCUCCAGGCAUCAUUUUCAAGGCUUUGAAAGCUUUGAGCGAUCGUUUUAAUGGAGAAAUUGCAGAUGAUCAGAUGGCUCACAGUUGUUUCUUCCCUGAUGAAUAUUUCACUUGUUCUUGCACAUGUCUCAGCUGUGGGAUUGGAUGCAAGAACAGUAUGAAUCAUGCAAAAGAUGGCAUUCCUCAUGAAUCUGAAAGCCGCUGCAGCUACUCUCACCAGUAUGACAACAGAGUGUACACUUGCAAGUCCUGUUACGAGCAUGGAAAAGAAGUGAAUGUAGUGCCAAAAACAUCUGCUUCCACAGACUCGCCAUGGUUGGGUCUGGCCAUAUAUGCAUGGUCAGGGUAUGUAAUUGAGUGCCCAAAUUGUGGCAUCAUUUAUCGUAGUCGGCAAUACUGGUUUGGCAACCAGGAUCCAGUGGACACUGUGGUGCGAACAGAAAUUGAACAUGUUUGGCUUGGAAGUGAUGGAUUUCUAAAGGACAAUAACAAUGCUGCGCAGCGAUUACUGGAUGGCAUGAAUUUUAUGGCACAGUCAGUUUCGGAAUUUGGUGCAAAACCAACCAAAGCAGUGACAGCUUGGCUGACAGACCAGAUUGCACCAGCUUACUGGAGACCAAACUCUCAGAUUAUUACUUGUCAUAAAUGCAAUAAACCUUUUGAAGAUCAGGAAACAAAGCAUCACUGCAGAGCUUGUGGCGAAGGGUUUUGUGAUGGUUGCUCGACGAAAUCUAAGCCUGUUCCAGAACGUGGUUGGGGUUCAGCUCCAGUCCGAGUUUGUGAUGGAUGCUAUGAAGCAGCAGUAGUCAGAACUGAUGUCGUAGACCAAGGUGGCGAUGAAAGUGGUACAAUUAUUGCACGGAAAGUUGGUGAAGCUGUGCAGAACACCUUUGGAGCAGUGGCCACAGCAAUUGAUUUUCCAUUGGGUCUUGUGAAAGAUGCAGCCAGACCCUCCUACUGGGUGCCUGACCACGAGAUCACUGAUUGUUGCUAUUGUCGGAAAGAGUUUACAGCAAAGAUGUCCAAGCAUCACUGCCGAGCCUGUGGGCAGGGUUUUUGCAAUGAGUGCUCUCAGGAUCGGCGGACAGUCACUUCACGUGGAUGGGACCAUCCGGUGCGAGUCUGUAUAAACUGUAAUAAAAAGCCAGGUGACCUUUGAUUGGCAGAUUUGGAAAAGACAAUGCUGAUCUAACAGCAGAUUUUAACCCAAAUUAUUCACUUCUUAACUAUCACACAUGCAUGACAUUUCAAAAAUAGAAUAGAAUUGUUAAAAUAGUUCUUAACCCUACGAUUUCAUAAACUUGAUAAGAGGUAUAUUUUUUAAAGGUUCUGGAUAAUAACCAGACUUCAAUAGAAAUUUGGUAAUGUUGUUGUAGAAAGUUGUUUUCUUGUUCAACUCACUGUUCAUGUUUGUGAUAUGCCUCGUGGACACUCAUCAUAACUGACCUUUCUGUAAAUCCUGUAUAUGUAUGGAGUGAGUUACCAAGCCUACUUAUAAUUAUACACGUUGCAAGAAGUGACAUCUGCUUAAGUGGAUGAUACCUUCAAGUUUUCUUGUGUGUAACAGCACUGUAGCCUUCUCAGUGCAAGUAUUUCUCCUAUAACACGAUAGUUGUGUUCUUGUGCAACCUCGCGCUCUAGAAAUUGUUAUAACUGUACAGUGGAAAGUUGGCAUUAUCCAAACACAUUACAGCCAAUUUGUGUUAACAAAACACAUUAUGGCAGAAAUACCUGUAAUACUAUUAUUGAGGCAGUCAUAAGUAGUCCCACUGUGCUGCCAGGCCCCAGGGUAUCAAUAUAAGUCUUCAGUAAUGCAGGCUUCUCCCCCUCUGUUAAUAGUCUUUAAAAUCUACUGAGGAACAAGUUCCUAAUGUCAAUAUACUUUGACACCUUUCUAAAAAGUUUAUUUAUUUAAAGACGUACUUUUUUUUGUUAGUGCUGCGUUGAUAUCCAAAAUACUUAUUGAUAAAUGGUAUCAAUGUUCAUGGAAAAUAUUACAAAUUUAUGGUUUGUGAAUGAUUUAUGUAAAUAAAUAGAUGGAUGUCCUUUACAUUGCAUACCCUGCUAGGCAACUCAUUUCUGUUGUUUAUAAAUUUUAUGUUAGCUUACUUAUGUUACUCCCCUGGAACAGUUGGGACUUGAAACCAGGUCUCCUGGCUCAGAGGUAGAGGUAUAACCACUGCACCAUUAGAAUCCUUUUCAGUAGUUUUUGUUUUAUUGAGAGGUUUCACGUGAUUUAAGUCAUGGAGAUCCAGAGCACCAUCUAUGCUGGUCAAAACCAACAAACAGACAAACUUUCAGGUAUUAACAAUUUGGAUCCAACCGUGAAAAUCAUAGAAUCAUAGUCAUAGAGUCCUACAGCAUGGAGACAGGCCCUUUGGCCCAAGCUGGUCCAUGCCUAACACCAUGUCCAUCCAUGCUAGCCUCAUUUCCCUGCACUUGGCCUAUAUCCUUCUACCUUUCUUUUCCAUGUAUUCCUCCAAAUGCCUUUUAAAUGCUAUUAAUAUAUCUGCCAUAACCACCUGUGCUGGCAGCUCAUUCCAUAUGCUUACCACCCUCUGAGGGGGGAAAAAAGAAGGUUGGUCAUCAGGUUCCCAUUUAUUCUUACCCCUCUUACUUAAACUGAUGCCGUCUGGUCCUCAAUUCCCCAACUCUGGGAAAAAGACUGAGUGCAUUCACCCUUUCCAUGUCACUCACUAUCUUAUACACUUCUAUAAAAUCCACCCCGCACUCAGUCUCCUACGCUCUAAAGAAAAAAUCUCUAUCUACUGUACCUCCAGUGCCUCCAGAAAAGGUUCUCCCUACGGAUUCUCAGCUCCAUGCUCUCUGCCAUGCAUCAACAUUCUCUCCCUGCAGUCAACCUUGCUGAGUUUAGGGACUAAGACCAGUGGAGGACCACUACUGCUUUUUGUUCUUGGAAGGAUCCAUACCCUCAACAAAUGCUUUUUUCUUCACCCUGUCAGACAUCAAAAGACCAAACUUUCCCAUACUUACCUCCUGACACAGACCUGAAUCAUUCAGCAUCCUAACCUGAUCUGCAACCUUCUCUGGGAUCAGCUCCAUGCCAUUGACAACGUGGGUACUCCAACAGCAGAGGAUUAGAUAGGGUGGACAGUGAGAGUCUUUUUCCGAGGAUGAUGACUUCAGCUUGUACAAGGGUGCAUAGCUACAAAUUGAGGAGUGAUAGAUUUAAGACAGAUGUCAGAGGCAAGGUUCUUUACUCAGAGAGCGGAACGCCCUGCCUGCCAAGGUAGUUAACUCAGCCACAUUAGGGGUGUUUAAACAGUCCUUGGAUAAGCAUGUGGAUAAUGAUGGGAUAGUGUAGGAGGAGGGGCUUAGAUUAGUUCACAGGUCGGUGCAACAUCGAGGGCCAGAGGGCCUGUUCUGCGCUGUAUUGUUCUAUGUUCUAACUCCUACAGGUCAUGUGACUGCCAUUUUCUCAGACUUCGAUGACCACGUGACUGCCAACAUCAGUGACAAUCGCAUUGCUAUUACUUCUGUUUCCUCUCACAUGUCCACUUCAGCACACACACCCACUCCUAAUAAAGUAUGCAGGUCCAGUCCCAGCUCCAGUCCUACACCCGGCCCCAAGCCCUGCUGGAUAAACUACAUCCCCCAGGACCUUCCCCUCACUGAAGCUAAACAGUCAGCCUUCAGCAAAGGGCUCACAUUCAUUCCCCUGUACCCACACAUAAACAAAUUCCACGCACGCCAUGAUUUUGAACUUUUUUUUGCUGCUUCCGCCUCCUCCUCUUCCCGCCUCUAGCAAACUCCAUCCUCCUGGACACCCCCUCCUGGCCUCCUAGCCUCCUACCUUCCCUGGAACUCUUCAUCUUAAACUGCUGCUGUGACCUCUCCACCCUUUUCACUUGUUCCAGCCUCUCCCUAUCGGUACACACAAUCUUCCACUUCCUUUGUUCCAAACCUAACACGUUGCUAUCAAACCUGCCAGUAAGGGUGGGGGCGUGUGUUGGUAGUAUGGCGUACUGACCUCUACAUCACUGAGGCCAGAUAGCAUCUCUCUGACACCUCCUACUGUCCACUCGAUCAUGACCCCACCUCUGAUCACCUAACCAUCACCCCCCAGACCAUCAACAACUUCAUCACUUUAGGAGAUGUCCCAUCCACAGCCUCCAGUCUGAUAGAAGUGGGUGGUGUGGAGUUGGUCCAUAAACUGAACUGCCCCGGUCGACCCAUUGUCUCUAUCUGCUCCUGCUCCUGCUCCUCCUCUGCCGAACUCAUCUCCUCCUACCUUCACUCCAUUUUUCCUCAUUUGGUCCAGGAAUUCUCUACCCACAUGCCCUCUACCUUUUCAAAACUUUCAAUUCCCUGGUCCGAAACACCUCAUCUUCAUCAUGGACAUACAGUCCCUGUACAUGCAUCCCCCACACAGAGGACUUAAAAGCCCUCAGCUUCUUCCGCUCCCAUAGGCCCAGCUAGUCCCCAUCCACUGACACUCUAAUUCACUUAGCUAAACUGGUCCACACUCUCAACAAUUUUUCUUUCGAUCCCUCCCAUUUCCUACAAACCAAAGGAUGGCCAUGGGCACCUGAAUGGACCCAAGCUAUGCCUAUCUCUUUGUAGGAUUUGUGGAAAGUCCCUCUUCCACAAUCACACCAGCGCCAUCCCUCACCUCAUCCUCCACUGUAUUGAUGAUGGCAUUGGUGCAGCCUUGUGCUCCUACAAGGAGCUCAAGCAGUUCAUCAACUUCAUCAACAUCUUCCAACCCACCCUCAAAUUUACCUGGACUAUUUCUGAUAAUUCCCUCUCUUACAUGGACCUUUCCAUCUCCGUUUCCAUUUCCAGACACCAUCUCACUACAGACAUUCAUUUCAAACUCACUGAUUCCUGCAACUACCUUGACUAUACCUCCUCUCACCCACCCUCCUGCAAAAAUGCUAUCCCAUACUCUUGAUUCCUCAGCCUCCACUGCAUCUGUUCCUGGGAUAAGAUGUUCUUCUCCAGGACAUCCCAGUUAUCCUCCUACUUUAGGGACUGUACUUCCCCUCUGUAAUUAAGGAUGCCUUCACUGUGUCUCCUCCAUUUCCUACACUUCUGCCGUCAAACACCCUCUUUCCCCCCCCUCCCCAACAACAAUUAGGAUAGAGUUCCCUUUGUCCUCACGUAUCACCCCACCAAUCUCCAAAUUCAACGCAUUAUUCUCCAACAUUUCUGCCACCCACAAUCAGGCCCCACUACUAAUAAGAUAUUUUCCUCCCUACCCAGUCUGCUUUCCAUAGGGACUUUCAUUCCGUGACUCCCUUGUCAGCUCUACACUCCCCCUCAACUUCUGCACCACACCCCGUACCUUGCCCUGCAACCACAAAAGGUACAAUACUUGCCCCCACCCCUCCCCUCUCAGCUCUGUCCAAGACCCCAAACAAUCUUUCUAAAUUCGGCAGAGAUUCACCUGCACUUCAUUCAACUUGAUGUAUUGCAUCCGUUGCUCCCUAUGUGGUCUCCUGUAUAUUGGGGAGAUCAAAUGCCGACAUGGGAACGGGAUCUGCACUCUGCAUGCUUCAACUAACUCAACUUUCCAACUGCCAUCCAUUUUAAUUCCGUGUCCCACUCCCUUAGUGACAUGUCCAUCCUUGGCCUCUGCUGUCAAAGUGAGGCCAAACAUAUACUGGGGAGGAACAGCACCUGAUAUUUUGCAAUGAAAGCUUAUAGCCAAAUGGCUUCAAAAUUGACUUCACCAGCUUCAAAAUCCCUCCAACACCCCCAACCUUAUCCCAUGUCCAUUUUCCUCCCACCUGACUGGACCUAACCUAUCUAUUCCACAGACCAAUAACAAUCCCCCCCACCCCGGUAUGCCUUGGUAUUGUAAAUGUACAUUUACUUCUUAAGUCUUAUGUGGGUUUCUGCCUCAACCACCCUUGCAGGCAGUCAGUUCCAGAUUCCUACCAUCCUCUGGGUCUAAAAAACGUUUUUCCUCACAUAUAUCUUCUAAAUAUUGCCCUUACCUUAAAUCUAACCCCAGUCAAGGUAAAAGGUUCUUUUCUGUCUACUCUAUCUGUGCUUCUCAUAAUUUUAAACAUUUCAAUCAUGUCCCCUGUCAAUGUCGCCUGCUCCAAGGCGAAUAAUGCCAGUCUGUCCAAUCUGUCUUCAUAACUGACACUCUUCACCUAAGGCAAACCUCUUGGUAAGUCUUCUCUGCACCUUCCCUAGUGUUGUCACUUCCUUCCUGUAAUAUGGAUUCCAAAACUGGAUACAAUACACUAGCUGUGGCCUAACCAACAUUUUGUACAGUUCCAGCAUACCGUUCCUUGCUCUCAAACUGUAUUCCUUGCCUCAUAAAGGUAAUACCAUAUGCCACCUUGCCCACUUUAUCCAUCUGUCCUGAUACCUUAAGGGGCUGGUGUACAUGCACACUAAGGUCCUCAGUACUUCUGAGGGUCCUACCAUUCAUCAUGUCGUUCCUUGCCUUGUUUGACCUACAGUGCCUGUCCUGACUUGGUAUGGUUUACCACAGAAGAAAACUAUGUAUACAGCCUACUUCAAUUCAAAUGCACCAUUGAGAUCCACAAAGGCAAAUUGUCGAUACUUUAGCUGUGAGAAAUAGGAACAGGACAGGACAAGACAAUAUGCACCUUUGAUCUAGUUUCACCUGUCAAUACUGUCAUGGCUGGUCUGGGGUGUCAAUGCGACAUUUUUCUGCUUGCUCAAAAUAUCCCAAAAUUUGUCAGUUUCGUCCUUAAAUAUAUUCAGUACUAGUGCUUCCGUCUUCAAAACAGAAAUGACAAAUUACUUCUCUCAAAUCUGUGAAAUGCAUGAGCUGAGAGUGAGGUGGAUGCUAGGACACUCGGUAAAUUUGAAGAGAUAGACAGAUGUUUAAUUAGUAACGGGUAAAGAUGAAUGGGAGUGAGCAGGAAAGUGGAAUUGAGGCCAAGGUGCGAUCAGUCAUUAUUGUACUGAAGGGCAGAGUAGGCUUGAGGUGUUGAAUUGCCGACUUCCACUUCUGGUUCUUGCAUUCUCAUUGUCUGUUGUAUAUUGCAGUAAAACGACGUUCAAUUGCAGGUGGUUAUUAUUGAAAUAAUUUUAUUUAAGCUUUCCCAACAGAGAGCUAUAUGAGGAAAUACUCAGAUUUUGCAGACGCCGUGCACAUCCCAGUACAUAUCCAGCAAACAACACUGGAGAAACUCAGCUGGUGUGACAGUUUUCAUGGAGACCGAGUUCACGUUUCAAGUUUGGCAGGACUCUGCUUCAGAAAAAAACCAGGUGCCAUAUUAUUAUGAAGAAGGGUGCAGGUUGAACCCCUCUGAUUAUUAACCCAAGACACCAGCCCCAAUCUGUUGAGGUUUCCUUCCAAUAAUUAAACCUGAAACACCCAGAGAUGCUUGCCUUGCCCUUCGUAACUUGUUAAAAGAGUAGUUGAAUGAAAGGAAUCCCUGAUACUCACUUUAGAAGCAGCAAGUAAAAAUUUAUUUAUUUAACCCUAGCAAUGAACAAAUGAACAUAACUAGUAACAAACUACUGUCAGUAAUCUGAAGUUACACCUUUCACACUAAUUCUGCGUACAUGUAUAUAAUUGGACCACAACAGUUCUAUCUUAUUUACACAUUUAUUUUAAACCCAUGAUAAGGUGUCUGCAUAACAUUUUUAUGGCCUGCAACGUGUACAUUCUGUAAAUUAAAAGUCUGUAACAUAAGACUCCAACAAAAUAGUCACAUUUUUGUCUUUAAAUGUUUCCAAAAAGAUGAGAGGGUUGUCGUCUAUAUACACAUCUGUCUCUGAAAUAUUGUUUGUAACAUAAGCAUUAAAAUGUUGUAAGGCCUGUGUCAAACUCAGUAAUUCAUUUUCAGUGAUGGAGUAUUUUUUCUGAUGAAUAUUGUGUUUCUUUGAAAAAUAAUCAAUUGACCUUUCACUUCUACCAUCGUUCUCCUGCAUCAACACAUCUCCGCAUCCCCAACCCCUAUAUUGCUGGUGUUGAUAAUAACUUAGAAGGUUUUCAAGAAAUU